AUGUGGGUCUUUGGGAAGAUUAGGGAGAGCAUGGAGAGCAUUCCUCUAGAGCUGAGUCGUUACAUGAGGAAGAGUGAGGAGGAUAUCGUUCUGUCUUCGGAGGCCAGUCUUUCUCACAAUCUGCACAUCAACAUCCUCACCCCAGACACGAUCCCAGAGUUCUGCCUGCCCCCCAGGCUUCGCAAAAGAAGCCUGCUGCUGGAAGCUAAGACAAUGGCCCCUUACCUAGACCACCAGAACCAGAUGCCCGAGAGCAGCACUUCUUCAAACACUACACAUGUAAAGACGAAGGAUGUGAAGACGAAGAAUAGUGAUGCAUCAAUGGCUUGGAAGGCUACAAAGAAACCUUUGCCAUUCUCUGCAGAGGGGUAUGGUCUGGCUGGGAUAUAUGAGAGCCCCAACACUCGAAGGAAAGAGUCUUUGUUCCACUCAGUGGGCCCCGUUUACAUGUAUGAUAGAAGCUUUACUGCAGCACCCAGGCUGGCAAAAGUUACAAACCUGCCAAACAAAACUUUCACUUCACUAUCAGGGUUUCUUCCUCUGUUUUCAUCCAAGAACCUAUCAAAGACAGGAAGCACUGGAAGUGAAACACCUUCUUCCAGUGACUCAUCUCCCCUCAGUUCCUCUUAUAGUGCUAAAUCCUCCCUCUACUUCCCAUCAGGCAAUGGCCGUCUUAAAGGAUCAAUCUCCUGUCCAUCGUUAAUUGACAGCAGGGAGGACAGAGGGAGGUGGAAGAGAGGGCUUUUAACUCCAAGCUUAGAGGGAAGCUCACUUACGUUAGCCCCACCUGUCGUCUUCCCAUUGGAUGUUCUGCAGUGCCAGGAGAGACUUCAGCAUGAGCAAGUCCUCCCUUUGCAAGGCCGUGGUAAAGUGUGCCUCUUUGCUGAGCACAUCACCUUCUCCACCAACACGUUCUCAUCCCUUUCCACAGUCAGAGUCCAUGUGGUGUCUGUAGAAGGCCCAUGGGAUGAUACUGACCGACGAACCCUGAACUGUGCAGUGAAUCUGUGCCUGAUCCCGGGGAAGCUGCAGCAACAGGAGAGCUCCACCAUCAGGAACUGUCGCAGCCCUGUGUUUAAUGAAGAUUUCUUCUUUACAGAGCUCAGGAGAGAGGAUCUGCAGGAACUGCAGCUCAGGUUAAAAGUGGUGGAUAAACCUGCAGCUGGAACAUUGAGGAGAGGGACAGUGAUUGGAGUAAUCACCAAACCACUGUCUCAGUUACUCCCUCUUAAAAAAACAGUAGAGGAAUAA